CAUGUAUUCUGUAGGAUGUGACAUAAAGCAAGAACACAGCUUGGUCAAAAACAAAAUAUACAGCGAGUUAAUUGCUAACAAGGGAAUCCACAUCUACCAGCCUGAAAUGUUCAGAGAAUUCUGCAUCUCAGCAGGGGCAACAAAUAUUUUUGAUGCCAUUUUUGAUGCAAUUGCAUCAGCAAGGCACUCCGCAGAGCAUAUUAAUCUCAAUAAGAGAAGGGCUGUGUCAGUUAUUUACAACCUUUGCUACUGUUUGAGUCAGGCAUGCAAUGCACUUCAAACUGACCCCGCCCUUUACCUUAGGAGUUGUAAUCUAAAUCAAGAAGGUAUGGACACACAGCACAUUAUGGGUCUCUCUUGUGCUAGAAGGACAGUGAACACCACUGCUAAAUUGUUGUCUCAAAAUCAUUGCAAAUCAUUCAAAAAUUUUAUUCAAGGUGCGAUUGAAAACAAGUGGCUUUUAGUCCUGAUUAUAGAUGAUUUUACCUCAAUUCACACCAAACGAAGACCACAGAGAGAUAAGGCAUCCGAAGCAAAGUCAAUGUGUACAAUAGUCGUUAAAGCUUUUAAAAACAUACCUGCCGUAAGUGUGCUGCAGGCUAGUAUCAUGCAUGAUGUAAAUGGCAUCAGUAUGAACACAUGCCUACAAAUCAUAACAUCUGCAUCAUCUAUGCAAAACAUGAGCAGUUCAUAUGCUUCUGUAAUGCCAAACUGGCUUACCGAGGCUUUUUUCAACCCAGAACUUCAACGCCAGUGACUCGACACCAUCAGUAUUCGGAAAACGGCAACGUGAAAACAAUGUGAAUACAAUCUCAUGGGGAAGAUAUUGAAAGAGUAACAAGUUUUUGUUGCUUAGGGGUUACACUGGAUGAGCACCUCUCAUGGAUUGGGCACGUUGAAAUAAUUGUAACAAAGUAAGCAAACCUC